AUGGAUUUAACCGUAGAACCUAAUUUGCACUCCUUGAUUAAUUCAACCACUCACAAGUGGAUUUUCGUUGGUGGUAAAGGUGGUGUUGGUAAGACUACAUCAUCAUGUUCCAUUGCGAUCCAAAUGGCGUUGAAUCAACCCAAUAAGCAAUUCCUUUUGAUUUCUACGGAUCCUGCUCAUAACCUAAGUGAUGCAUUUGGUGAAAAAUUUGGCAAAGAUGCCAGAAAGGUAUCUGGAAUGAAUAAUUUGUCAUGUAUGGAAAUUGAUCCAUCCGCUGCUUUGAAAGAUAUGAACGACAUGGCAGUUUCCCGGGCCAACGCCAAUGGAAAUGAUGGCCAAGGUGAUGACCUUGGAAGCUUACUACAAGGUGGUGCUCUUGCAGACUUGACUGGUUCCAUUCCUGGUAUCGAUGAAGCUUUAUCCUUCAUGGAAGUCAUGAAACACAUCAAAAGACAAGAACAAGGCGAAGGUGAAACCUUCGAUACUGUCAUCUUUGACACUGCUCCAACCGGGCAUACAUUAAGAUUUUUACAACUGCCAAACACUCUCUCCAAGCUUUUGGAGAAGUUUGGUGAAAUUACUAACAAGUUGGGUCCAAUGCUAAACUCCUUUAUGGGCGCGGGUAAUGUCGAUAUCUCUGGCAAAUUGAACGAUUUGAAAGCUAAUGUAGAAACAAUUAAGCAGCAGUUCACUGAUCCUGAUCUGACCACUUUUGUUUGCGUGUGUAUCAGUGAAUUUUUGUCUUUAUACGAAACUGAAAGAUUGAUUCAAGAAUUGAUAUCCUACGAUAUGGACGUCAAUUCCAUCAUUGUAAACCAAUUGCUAUUUGCUGAAAACGACCAAGAACACAACUGUAAGAGGUGUCAAGCCAGAUGGAAGAUGCAAAAGAAAUACCUGGACCAAAUCGACGAAUUAUACGAGGAUUUUCAUGUCAUCAAAAUGCCAUUGUGUGCCGGCGAAAUCAGAGGAUUAAAUAACUUAACUAAGUUCUCACAAUUUCUAAACAAAGAAUAUAACCCUGCCUCUGAUGGUAAGGUCAUUUACGAGUUAGAAGAUAAAGAAUAG